CCAAUCGGCGCAGCAACUUGCCAUUAGAUCGGAGAGGUGUAAAUAGUAAACGUUCUCGUUAGCGACGUUUGGUUCUUUUGGGGAUCGAAAUGUCGCCCUCGUGAGUGACAAACGGGCAGCCCCCCGGGACUUCUUCUGGGGGACGAUGAGACAGAACAACUUCAUUUAUGUGAGGAGUCCCGGUGCCAGCGAAGGGUAGAGAUGGAGACCAAAGGCAAUGAGAGCACCUUCCCAUACCUGGAAGACUUGGACUCAUACCUCUCGGAGCACAACUCCACAGUUGUGUGGCUGGUUGUAGCAACCAUACUGUCCUGUGGGUGGAUCAUAUAUCUGACUUACUACAACUCCCGCAACAUCGGACUCAUUCUGACUCUGAUCAUCAAUCGCCUCUACAAAAAUGCAUAUGUCCACAUUGGAUCUUUCUCCUUCUCGGUGCUGUCAGGGAAGGUCAUGUUCCGUGACGUGUACUACAUUAACGCGGACAUGUCCGUCCGGAUUCAGGAUGGGUUACUUAUAUUCCGGUGGUGGAAAAUGUACAGCCCCAAACAGAAGCAGAAUGAUCCCCGUGCUGAAACCCGAUUACACAUCACUCUCAACGGGUUCGAGUUUCACGCGUACAACCGCACGGCCCUUUACGCCCGGCUACAGGAGACUUUUGGACUGGAAGCGACGCUCGUUCCUUCUAGGGGUGAUGAGGACGAAAGGAGAGAUGGCAGGGAAAACACCCUGAACAGGGUUAAUAUUAACACUGAAUCGCAGGACCCUGCAUCGUCUUGGAGAUCCCUCAUCCCUGUCAUUAAAGUUAAUAUCAGUACUGGCCGUGUGGCUUUCGGGAACCACUACCUACCUCAGACCCUCUGCCUAAGCUUUGACGAUGCGUUCCUGACUUACGCCACCAAGCCACCAUCCAGCCGUCUGGACAAGUUCAUGCACAUGUUGAAGGGGACCCUGGAGAACGUUCGGGUGAUGCUGGUGCCCAGCCCCAGAUAUACAGGACUCCAGAAUGAUGAGCCUCCAAGGUUGAUGGGGGAAGGCUUUGUGGUCAUGCAGUCAAACGAUGUCGACAUCUACUACUACACGGAUGAAGCAGGCCUGGUCCCAGAGGAGGAAGGAAACAGAGCCACAGGGGAGAGUGAUGAAGAGGAACUCCAGGACCUGCCCCCUUGCUGGGGUUUGGACGUCGUCUGCGGAAAAGGCACCAGCUUCAAUUACGGGCCCUGGGUCGACCGCCAGAGGGAUUGCCUUUGGAAGUUCUUCUUCCCGCCGGACUAUCAGUCCAUGAAGGUGAACGAGCCGACUCCUCCCGGACAGCUGCGGCAGAUCCUGGCCUUCGAGCUGCGCAUGAACAUCAUCGCCGAUGCCACCGUCGAUCUGCUCUUCAGCAAAAACAAGGAGACCAGCGUUGUCCACGUGAACGUGGGGGCGGGGUCCUACCUGGAAGUCAACGUGCCCAUGGUUGUGGGGGAGAAUGGCUUUUCCACCUCCAUCAAGGGCCAGCUUCUUCAUGUGGACACUACAAGCAGCAUGCAGUACCGUACCCUGCUGGAGACGGAGAUGCUGGCUUUUCACAUCAAUGCCUGUUACCCCCGGGUGUGGAACAUGCCCCAGUGGUGGGAAUGUGAAGUUGAGGUGUACAAAACCACCUACCACUUCAUCUACGCCCAAAAGAACUUCUUUACAGAUCUGAUCCAGGACUGGGCGAGUGACAGUGUUCCUGAUAUCUACUCCUUUGUCCCUUACACCUGGCAGUUCAAGUUGCACUUCCACCAGUUUGAGAUGAUCUGGGCCGCAAAUCAGCACAACUGGAUUGACUGCUCUACCAAACAACAAGAAAAUGUAUACCUUGCCGCUUGCGGACAAACCCUUGACAUCAGCUUCAUGUUGCCCUUCACCGACUUCGUCCCAGCCACUUGUGACUUGAAGUUUUCCUUGAAAGCUGACGACCUGGACCUCCGGCUCUGCCUGCCCGAUUGCCACCCCAGCAGGUUCCCCUUCCUCACCCUGGCCCAGGACUGCCAGGCUUGGCGAUUGCCCCCAGACGGCCAAGUGGGAUCCGCCAAGCCCGGAAAGCCCCACUGGAGGAACAUGGCCCAGCCCGAAGACAACUGGGUGGACUGCUGGAACGUUCCAGGCUUCUUGCUCACCUUCAACUAUAUCUGGCACCCCAUCUACCAGCAGAAGACCCAGCUGAAGCCAUCUUAUGAGUGUCGUACCCUGCCUUUGCGAUUUCUCCUACCUGGGCCCGAGAUGGGGGACUGCACAGUGCCCCCUACAGUAGACCCCACAGAGCUGCCCCCUGACUGCCUGCAUGUGGAGAUAGAGCUGUCACCCGGCUCCCAGCUGACUUUCUACGGGCCUCUGCUCAGGGCAUUCUAUGCCAUCAAGGAGAACUACUUUGGGGAGGAUGACAUGUACACGGAUUUUAAGGAGGCCACGCCCGACCCCGCGCUUUCCCGCUCGCCCUCCUCCAGCUCAGGCUGGACGGCGCCGGGCUCACACGACCCAGAAUGCGGGGGCCGCCACGGCCGCAGCCCUCUCAACCCCCUGGCUCUGAGGCCCUGGGACAUCACUGUGCUCGUCAACAUGUACAAAGUGCACGGCCGGCUGCCCGUGCACUGCGACGCCGAGCGGCUCGAGUGUCCGCAGGGGUACAUGGAGCGCUUCUGCUUUGAGAUGAAGAAGAGCUACAGGGAGACGCUGCUGCAGUUGAUUCUCUCUCCCAUCCACGUCUUCGUCAGCGAAGGCUAUCAGCGGACCGCUGCCGACAGCCCCCUACGGGACGGCCACAUCAGCCUGUCUGGUCUACAGAUGCGUGCCCACGCCAUGUUUUCAGCGGAGGGCCUGCCACCAGGCAGUGACACGUUAGAGUAUGCAUGGUUGCUGGACUUCCAGGUGGGGGCGCUCACGGGCAGUGUCACUGUACCACAGUUGGCCACCUUGGCGGAGUGGGGCGAGACCUUCGUUUUCCACCUGAUGUCCCGCGAAUUCCAGCUGGAGAAGCCAAGGCAGGAAGUCAAGUGUCAGCACGGGUUGGACCGGCAGCUCUGCACCUCCACGAUGUACUUACUGCCAGGCCCCUGCCGUACCUCAGAGGAGCUGAAGUACACCAUGAUUCGUCUGUCUGUGGAUGGGGUGGAUCUCUUUGUCGUCGAGCAGGGCUGUGCCGCAAAUGUAAAGACUGGUGCCAUCCGUCUGGCUAAUUGCAACCUGCACAGCCAGACUGUGGGUGAGGGCGUGAGCUUGGUGGUGCAGGACAUCCAGGUGCGCCAGUACAUCGAGCAGCAGGACACCGGCCGUCACAGCGUGCAGCUCCCCCAGCUGCGGCGCCCCCUCUGGUUGGAGGCGGGCUCCAUGGUCUUCGCGCUCCUGACGGCCGAUGUCGCCCUGGUCGCCGACCACCCAGCCACGCAUGAGGUGCAGAGGUGCUUCCUGGAGCGGCAUGAUGCUCGCACAAAGCGGCUGUGGUUCCUGUGGCUGCAGGAGGCGUCGCAACGUCGUUGCCAGGGCCGCUGUGGCUGCCUGGGCGGCUGCCGCUUCUUUGGGACGGGGGGCCUGGCUUCCAGCUUUUUCCGGCCGGCUGAGACACCGUCCUCGAGCUCCUCUGCCCGCUCCGACGUCACCAGCGAGUCGGACGCCUGCUACGGGCAGUCGCUGCUGCGGCCCGGCGAGCGCAUCGCCACCAAGGAGGUCCCCGGCCUUUCGGAAGGGAGGUGUUACAUGCCGAAGAAGGACAGCCAGGAGAAAAGGAGCCAGCAGUUGAGCUUGAUGCUGCCUGAGUGCCCCCAUAGCUCUGCUUCCUCUUUGGAGGAGAACAGCUCAUCCAGUGCUGCGCUGCCCCUGCUGGCCAGCGAGGGGGAGAGCAGUUCGUCCAGCACUGAGGACGGUCCGGCGACCCAGCAUAACAGCAGAAGAGUAAAGCCGGUGUCUCGCAGUAAGAGCCAGGAGCAAGCUGGGCCGCGCUCUUCGCUGGGCUCCCCACUGCGGUCUCCUCUACGCUCGUCCCUCAUGCGGAAGUUUUCAGCCUCCUCCACCCUCCUGGGCAGCAUAGGCAGCCUCUCCGCUGCUCCCAGCCUGGGUGCCUUCCGCCUGGACCAGCACGCCUCGGAUUCGCCCCAGCACCGCAGCAUCGGCUCCUUGCCCGUAAUGCCGUCGGCGGAUUCCGGAACCUUCCGUCAGAACCGCUUUGCGGAGUCCAGCGUGUCCGUGGCGGACAGCGAGGCCUACUACUCUGCGGCGGAGGAGUUUGAGCACGCCAGCGGUGACGAGUGCCCCGGGACGUUCCCCAGGAGGAAGAAGAAGCGUAGGCUGCAAGCCCAUCAGGUGGCCUAUAGCCGAGGCUCCAUCUACCACAGCAUGGAGGGCCCCCUGGCCUCCGCGAUUGGCAGUGACGCGACGGAGCUCCGCCUCCAACCCCAAAGCGUCCCCGUCCCCCGGCGCGCCUCCCGCACCUCCUUCGUCUCCACCCUGGCCGCCGAGGACGUGGGCUCCAGCGAGGUGGCGAAGGCUCUACAAUCUGGCCGUCACACCGCCGAGCCCCAAGUGAUGGCGUGCUACCACAGCUACCUGGCACACUAUCAGGUCUUCAACUGGUCAACGAAGCAACCCGUCAACAAGAGGAUGUCCCGAUCCUCCCUGCAGCGCCCCCUAGACCUGGACAUGCCCGCCAGUGAGGAGAGCUCCUUCUCCUCAUCCACCUACUCCUUUGAUCAUCUCUCCAUCCCCAUAUUUAAGGCAGUGAAGCAAGGUCUCUCUGCCAGCUCCUUGCUGGACAGAAGCAUCCAUCUCACGGGAGACUCAGAUGGCAUACCCUACACCCCCCUGGAGUCGAGUGGGGCGGACUCCACGGAUGAUGACACCACAGCGGACUGGAGCCCGGAGCAGCCGUCCUCCCAGCCUGGGACCACCGCCUUCGUGGAGGUGAAGGGGGCCGUCGACGUGGUGCUGACCCCCCUGGUGGCCGAGGCGCUUGACAGGUACAUCAAGGCACUGGCUCGCUUUGCCAGCAUCCGCCAUCCUGCUUCCAUGCUGGACGGGCUGCACGCCAAAGUGCUGAGCGAGGCCUAUCAGAUCAGCAAGUCUACGGUGUCAGACUCCCACUCCCUGAGAAGCGAGCACAAGACGUCCAGGUCCGAAAGCUCCUCCACUAAAGCCCCUGACCAGGCUGACGUCUCGGCCAAAUCGGACAGCGUGAAGAUCAAGGGCCUGCAGGCCAACGUGACCAUCCCUAAGGUGAACCUGUGUCUGCUCCAGGCCUCUGUGGCGGAGGCCUGCCCAUCCAGCAGCAGCAAGAGGGUCACACAAGUGUCUCUGGUGGCCCUCUGCUUUGACCGCAUUGCCACGCAGCUUCGCAUGAACCGGGGCAUCGUGGAGGAAGGGGCCACUGGGACGGAACACGGCCGUCCCUCUGUUGGAUUUAACCGCUAUGCCUCGGCCGCCAACAUGCAGCCGCAGACGUCGGGGUCACUGCGCUCCAACGCCAGUGUGGAAAAGGGCAAGGAGAUGGCGGCCAGGCUGAGUGUGCAUCGCAUACACGGGCAGUUGCGUGGCCUUGAUUCCCCAGACCCGGGCGCCUGCACCAUCACGGCCAUCCCCUUCGAGAAGUCCAAGGUGCUCUUCAGCCUGGAGGAGCCGGACGAGUUCAGCUUUAUAGACGAGACGGAACACCCGGGCUCCGCCGACACGACCCGCUGCGCCUCCAGCCCGGAGAAGUGGGGUUGGAUCAUGUUCGAGUGCGGCAUGGAGAACCUCACCGUCAAGGGCGGGCGGCAGUCCGGUGCCAUGCUCUUCAGCUCCCUGGGCGUGAUGGUUAAUGAGGACGGGGGCACAGGCCUCAAGUCCAACGGCUCCUCCGGCUCGCAGCCGGGCAGCGGCUACAGCACUGACGUGUCGGAAGACCACCUGGGCCAAGAUCCCGCGGCCGGCUCCAGCUUCAGCUCCGAGUCCAACUCGGAUGAACAGGACGAAGGGGUGGAGUCUGAUAAUCUGAAGAACCUCCCGCUGGUGCCCCCACCUCCUGAUUCCAGCAGCAUGAAGCUCACCAUCAAGGAGGUCUGGUUCAGCUUCGCUGCGCCCACCAACGUGCGCUCUCCCGCCCAGGCCGCGUGCAAGCAGCUGAAUCUCUUGAGCACAGCGACUCCGGCCAUCGGCGCCUGGCUGGUCCCCAUGGACCAGCUGAAAUCCUCUCUGAGCUCCCUGGACACGGUGGAGACCCUGCGUGUCUGUGCUGUCAUGGCCUGCAUCAUGAGCGAGGCCCUGGAGAAGAAGUCCAUCCACAUCCCGUUCCGCAGCAAGUUCACCCGGGUGACCAGGCGAUCGCGCUACCUGCACGACGACCCGUCCUGCCUCCUCUGCAGCAUCCUCCACCGCUACCUGCAGCAGGCCGACUACGGCGCCAUCGAGGACGCCAUCACGAGUGAGGAACGGCCUGCCCUGGUAACGCUGAAGAAGGGCCUGGUGGCUUUGGCUCGGCAGUGGAUGAAGUUCAUCGUAGUGACACAGGGCUUCAAGGCCAUCCGUGUGAUGCGUUCCACGCACGUGCCUGAGAAGGCCUCGGAGGAAGCUGCCCACCAGGCCCCGGACCCAGGCGGUGGAGCCCGCCCACAAAGUGAUACCAGCGCCGACGGUGCCGACUUGGAAUUUGAUGCAGCCCCCACGGGCGAGCACAUCAUGUUGCUGGAGACCACACGUCCUCGCCCCUCCCAGGCGGCGGGCGCCUCUGCUCACGUCAGCGGCUCGGAGUUCAUGAAGAAGAUCUCCAGGACACACCGCCAUACUGCUCUCAAGUUGAGGGGGUCCCACCCCUACCAGUCCCUGAACUACACCAGUGGGGACACGGUGGCCGAAUCGCCGGCCCACACCAGCCAGGCGGGGGCGCCGGCAGCAGGCAGCGAGAGUCCCCGCAAGGAGGGCCUGUUCAGCUACAUAACAGACAGCUUACCCAGCAUGCACAGCCUGCUGGAGGGUGUGCCACAGCGCGGGGGUGCAGCCGCAGGCGAGAACAGCUCACUGUCACGCACAGGCAACAGCCUGGGCUUGGACACGCUGACGGAGAACCCCGUGCUGUCAGAGCCCUCUUCUGUCAGUUUCUACGACUGGAUGUCCAGCGCCGUGGGAAACCGGGGGGCUGCCCCAGUACAGGACCCCACUAUGAACCAGCCCCAGCACGGCAGCCUGCAAAGAGGAGCGGCGCAGAACCUCCAGACCAUCCCGUCAGUGUCGGACGUCAACGCCGUGCUCUCCAGUGACACGCUGGACAGCAACCCGUCGCUGCAGAGCUGCAGUCAGGAGGACCUGACGGACGUGGAGGAGACCCAGCAGUGCCCAGUGGCCGUGCAGCUGGCUGAUGCCCAGGUUGUUUUCAAGCCUUUAUUGAGCCACACUGGCAUCCAGCCUCACGACACGACCCCUCUAAGCUACAGAAUGUACUUCGGCGAGCACCUGUCCCUCUCGGGGACCCUGGAGCGGCUGCGAGCCGACAUCGUGAACUCCGACACUUCUAAAGAGCGCAAGAACAAGAAACUGAGAAGGCAGAGUACAGUGCAGCAUCCAUCUCUGGAGCUCAAGCCUGCCCUGAAGAUCGAGACCUUCAGCCUAGACGCUGUGGUUAUGGAGAAGUGCGUGAUGACGCCCCAGAGCUCCGCCAACGCCCUGUCCUUCCACGACCUCAACCGGCGUCACUCCAACACGUUCCAUUGCAACUUCACCAUUUCCUGCCAGUCCAUCAGCCAGCACGUGGACAUGGCCCUGGUGCGCCUGGUGCACCAGUUCAGUACUAUGAUCGACGACGUCAAGGCCACACACACCGACAUCAAGCUGAACCGCUACACGGCUGGCUCGGCGUCGCCCACGCCCACCUACAAGCCCAACGGCGGCGCUGCCAGCUUCCGCAGCAGUCGGGGCUCCCGUAGCAGCGCCAGUGGACCGCGCCGCACCAACAGCCAACGAGGGAAGCGGGCCUCGGGCUUGGACACCCUCCCAUCCAGGAAGGAAGUUCGGAGCAAGGGUCUGCCAGGCCGGACUGACCGUAGGACCAGGCACUCGCAAAAGGGCUCUCGAGACGGCACUGACCACACCACCAUCCAGGUGGACGAUUCGGACUCGGAACAGAGUGAGCCAUCCGCCAAGUGCUGGCAAGACAUGUACAAGCUACUCAACUUCUACUCCCUAAUCUCGGAUCCCAGAGGAAUCCUGGAGAGAUCCUGUCUUGGGAAUGACCUCGCAGAAGGUGGCUGGAGCACAUCUGAACACGCAUGUCGGGUGGUCUUUGAGAACGAGAAGGAGGCCCCAGCAGCUCCCCGACUGAGCCGCAGCCGUAGCCUGGGCAGCACGGAUGCACAGCACGUGACUUUCGUCUUGUUCGGCGUGGGCAUGGUGAACCGCGUCCAUCUGGAGGCCGACAUCGGCGGCCUCACGAUGCAGACAGAGCUCAAGAAGGUUCAUGGCAGCUUCAUGCUGAAGGAGAAGAUGAAGGACAUGCUGCACCAGAAGAUGACUGAGACCUCUGCCACAGCCCACAUAGGGGGAGUUAACAUAGUCCUGCUGGAGGGGAUCACCCCCAAUGUUCAACUGGAGGAUUUCUCCGCGCCUCCCGCGUGCACAGGCAAACAGGAAUCCCUAAUGGUGGUUAAAUGCAACAUCGCCAAGUCGCAGGCGCUGUACAGCGCCCAGCGCGGCCUGAAGACCAACAAUGCAGCCGUCUGGCGCGUGGGCGCCAUAUUCAUCGACAUCCCGCAGCACCCCGCCACUCUGCACAGCAUGAUGGUCCGCAGCUCUCAUCAGCUCUCCAAGCAGAUCUCUGACCUGAUUCGCCAGCCCUCUACAGCGCCUUCACCCAGCCGGGAGGACACCUCCACCCCGCAGGCCUCCGAAAAGACGUCCUCGAGUGCCAGCCAGACCCCAGUGGAGGCCACUGAGUUCCCCCAGCUGCCCGAAGGGCUGGAGAAAAAGCCCAUCGUGCUCAAGUUCAGUGCCACCUUGGACGGCCUCAGUAUCGGGGCCGCGCUGUUGCCGUCGCUCAAGGCCGAGUACAAGAUGGGACCCAUGAAGAGCCAUGGAAUGACUGGAGCUCAGACGAGGUUCACUUUUGAACUGCCCAACCACAAGCUACAUUUCACGUCCAAGGUGUCCCCUGUGGAUAUGUCCACGGCACCCCCCAGUGCCACCCUGGCCUUGCCCCCCAUCACCAUGUCUGGCGAGUACAUCAUGGAGGAGCCUGAUGGCCAUCCGGACCAGGCUUGGGCGUCUGACGAUAUCCCCAGCAAGCAGGGAUACCUUCAGGGCAACUAUCUCUGCUGCAUUGCAGAGAUCGGCUCCUUUGAGCACAGCCUGACCACAGAUCUGCUGAACCACCUGGUGUUCCUCCAGAAAGUCUUCAUGAAGGAAGUGAACGAAGUCAUCCAGAAAGUCUCAGGUGGAGAGCAGCCUAUUCCCCUCUGGAAUGAGCCUGACAUCCCAACAGAUGGCGACAAACCCAAGAUUCUGCUCUAUUCUGUCAACCUUAAGUUUAAGGGCAUCCAGGUGACAGCGACCACGCCGUCCAUGCAGGCCGUGCGACUGGAGACAGGCCUGAUUGAGCUGAGGCUCUCCAAUCGGAUUCAGACCAAGGCCAAGCCUGGAAGCAGCAGCUAUCUUAAGCUUUUUGGGAAGUGCCAGGUGGAGCUGAAUCUGGCCUUGGGCCAAAUUGUCAAGCAUCAGGUAUACGAGGAGGCCGGCUCGGACUUUCACCAGGUGGCAUACUUCCGGACACGCAUCGGCCUUCGGAACGCCCUGCAGGAAGAAAUUAGCGGUUCUGUGGACAAAGAGGCUGUACUCAUAACUCUCAACCGGCCCACUGUGUUCGCGCAGCCAGUCGCCUUCGACCGAGCCGUGCUCUUCUGGCUGAACUACAAGGCCGCGUAUGACAACUGGAAUGAGCAGCGGUUGGCGCUGAACAAGGACAUCCACAUGGCCACCAGGGAGGUGGUGGACAAGCUGCCCGGCAUCCAGCAGACCUCUGCCCAGGCCUUUAGCACUCUGUUUCUGCAGCUUACCGUCAAUGACCUGGGGAUAUGCCUGCCUAUUACCAGCACCCUCCAGGCCAGUCCCGACGUGGAUUCCGACAUCGGCUCUUCGCUGGUGCUGACCAUCGACAGCACGCUCAUCACCGCCUGCUCCUCCGAGUCCCUGGUCAGCAAGGGCCACUUUAAGAACUUCUGCCUCCGCUUUGCCGAGGGCUUUGAGAUAACCUUGGACGACUGGAAGCCGCAGGACAGGGGGGAUGUCGUCAUUAAUGCCUGCGUUGUCCCAGAUGGUACAUAUGAAGUAUGUUCCAGGACCACAGGCCAAGCAUCAGCAGAGAGCAGCAGCGCGGGGACCUGGACGUUGAACGUGCUCUGGAAGAUGUGUGGCAUCGACGUCCACAUGGAUCCCAAUAUCGGGAAGCGGCUUAGCGCUUUGGGCAGCACACUCACUUCGUUCACCGGCGAGGAGGAUGUUGAUGAUGCUGCCGAUUCCAGCAACGUCAAUGCGGCUGACCUGUCUGAUGAGGAUGAGGUGGACACCAUCCUGAAGCACGCAGACGGAGUGGCCAGCUGUAAGCCCACGUUCAAGAAACGCCUCGUAAACCACCUUCUGGGACUGACCCCUAAUUCCCAGAGUUGCUCAGCCCAUGGGGAAUAUCUGAGCUCGUCAGCUGUUCCCGAGCGCGUCUCGCUUAGAGCCUGCCAGGACAGGCUCCCGCGGCCUCUCUCAUGGGGAUGCGAGUCCAUUGACUACAAACGUCAAAUAGUGGCUGGGAACUUGAUUAGUGAUGGACGAGGUCGCAAGUUCUCCAAGAGAAUAGUGGACAUCAGAGAGCUGAACGAACAAGCCAAACUCAUUGAUGAUCUCAAGAAACUGGGUGCAAGUGAAGGGACGAUAAACCAGGAGAUCCAGCGUUUCCAGCAGCUGGAGUCCUUCGCUGUGAAUGAUGUGAGGCGAGAUGUCAGGAAGAAGCUCAGGAGGUCCAGCAUGAGGGCUGCGUCUUUAAAAGACAAGUGGGGUCUGAGUUACAAACCCAGCAAUAGCCGACCUAAGAGCAUAUCAGUUCCCGGGAGGACUCCUUUGCUGAGGAUGGAGCGAUUGAGGCCAGGGGAUGGAGAUGACCUUCCUGAAAUUCGGGUAGAUGCAGUCUCCCCAGGACCACAUGAUAUGAUUAGUAAUCGGGAUGUUCCUGAUCACCCUGUGAGCUCAGGAGACUUGUUUUUCCAGUUCCCAGAAGGGACCAAAAUGGACCAGCUGAACAUGGUCGCCGAUGAAGCUUUCCCCCAAGUUCGUUUCCCAUUCGUUAGCGACAGCCCAAAUUCCGUGUUUAGUGCUCCCACCACCCCUGCUGUCUACCCACCCGGCCCUGGGGUCGGCCAGGAGGCCGACAGUUCCUCCUCAUCCUCCGCCGACUCGGACAGGGAGGAGGAGUACAGCCAGAAGAAGCAGCCCCCAUGCAUCGCAAGGCCUGUCUCGGAAUCCCGGACAAAAUCGACCGGCCUGUCCGCAGUGAGCCAGCUGUUGGGCAACAGCUGGGCAGGCGCAUCGGCUGCUCGGGGAGCGGCGGGCUCCAGUGAGCGGAACAUCGACUUCGAGUUGGACAUCCGCGUGGAGAUUGACAGCGGCAAGUGCAUGCUGCACCCCACCAUACAGACGGAGCAGGACGAUGCUCCCUUCAGGAGGAGUUAUGAACACAUCCUGAAGAAUGUGCAUCAGGAGUCUCUAGAAAACAAACCACAGAGGCCCUCAGUCUUGCAAACUUCAUACCCACUGGGCGGCAAGAAAGUCCCAUCGUCUCUUCAGACCAAACCUAGCGACUCUGAGACCACAAUUUUCUACAUUCCCGGGGUGGAUGUGAAGCUACAUUACAACUCUAAGACCCUGAAGUCGGAGUCACCAAGCACAUCCCGUGGCUCCUCUCUUUCCCGAAUUCUGUCCAAGGAGUACAAGCUGUUUGACAUGAACGAUGCCGACUCUGCCCUUCUGCCGAACCCAGGCCAAAACAAAACCGACACGCUUCUCUCUUCCACUCCUAUACCUGUCCAAUCAGCCAAAGGGAGGUGCACCGGGGGUGUGAAGAUGGCCAAGCUUUACGCCUGGGUGGCCCUGCAGACAUUGCCUGAGGAGAUGGUGAUCAGCCCCUGCUUGCUGGACUUCCUGGAGAAGGCUCUUGAGACUAUUCCCCUCACACCAGUGGAAAGGACGUGUCCAGCCCCCAGCUCCCUGGACAACGACCUGGGCCAGUUUGAGCCAGUGGAGCCGUUUGAGGAGUCCACCAUGUCACUGGUGUCUUCCUCGGGCUCUCCCUAUACCUCCUUCCCGGUAGACGUGGUGGUCUACGUCAGAGUGCAGCCGUCUCAGAUCCGGUUUAGCUGCCUGCCCGUGUCCCGGGUAGAGUGCAUGCUGAAGCUCCCCUCUCUGGACCUGGUCUUCUCCUCAAACCGUGGCGAGUUGGACCCGCCCCUUCCCGGUGCCUCUUCCAGCCACUCCACACUAAAGAACAGUACCAGCAAAGGCUGUUCCCCGGGGCAUGGCAGCCCCCCAAUCAGAAGCAGGCACAGCAGUAGUCUGUCCGAUCUCACGGCACCGCCCUCCACAAACUCUUCCGGCCUUAGUUUCACGGCCUGCAUGUCUGACUUCUCGCUUUACGUCUUCCACCCGUAUGGUGCUGGGAAGCAGAAAGCGGCCAGCGGUGGACUUCCCCCGGGCUCGGAUGAGGAGCCCUGCUCGGUGACAGGCCGGAAGGAUUCCCUCAGCAUCAACCUGGAGUUUGUGAAGGUCAGCCUGUCCAGGAUGCGGCGCACCGGCGUACCGUCCCUUUUCGACUCCUUCGUCACCACCAAGGGCUGCAAGAUGGCCACCACCCUGAUCAACAUUUCAGCUGUGUGUGACAUCGGCUCGGCCUCAUUCCGCUACGACAUGCGUAGGCUGAGCGAGAUCCUGGCCUUUCCCCGCGCUUGGUACCGUCGCAGCAUCGCCCGGCGCCUCUUCCUCGGAGACAACACCAUCAACUUGCCAACCCCUAGCCCUGGAACUCCAGAGUCUUCGGAGGGCAUGAACCAGCACCUCUCUCCAGAGGCCCAACGGAGGGUGCACUGGAAGCAGGCCUCUCUGCAGCCCCCCUCGAGGUUUGGGGAGCACUCUGGCAGCAGCAUCCUGGCACACCUUAAAUCUCCCACUCGCUCCAAAGCAGCGUCCGACUCCUCUUCGGCCCAUAGGAUAGAUUCCGUUACCAGGACAACCACCCCAUCAGUAAGUAGGAGUACCAAAGUGGGUGGCCAGCAGGGGGCACCGUGGGAGACGCUGGUGGUUUUCGCCAUCAACCUCAAACAGCUGAAUGUUCAGAUGAACAUGAGCAACGUCAUGGGCAACAACACGUGGACUACCAGCGGACUGAAGAGUCAGGGCCGGCUCUCCGUGGGCAGCAAUCGCGACCGGGAGAUCAGCAUGUCCGUGGGGCUGGGCAGGUCACAGCUGGACUCCAAGGGCGGCGUGGUAGGGGGGACCAUCGACGUUAAUACGCUGGAGAUGGUCUCCCACAUCUCUGAGCAUCCUUGCCAGCAACCCCAACACAAGAUCCAGGUCACCAUGGGUUCCACAGAGGUCCGGGUGGACUACAUGGGCUCCAGCAUCCUCAUGGGCGUCUUCAGCAAUGCCGACCUGCGGUUGCAGGAUGAGUGGAAAGUUAGCCUCUGUGAGACGGCGGACCCCAGCCUGUCUGAGAAAAGUGUGAUCUUUGUCCAAGGCGACCUGCAGUGGGACAUCUUCCAGGUGAUCAUCUCUCGUUCCACCACGCCCGACCUCAUCAAGAUUGGCAUGAAGCUGCAGGAGUUCUUCACCCAGCAGUUCGACACCAGCAAGCGGGUCCUGUCCACCUGGGGCCAGGGUUCAUACGUGCUGCCAAGGACGCCGGUCCCGAGUGCCGAGAAAGCCACAGCUGAGCUCCACACUGGCACAGACCAUCACCGCCACUGGCCCAGCGUCCUGAAGGCCAUCGCUGGCUGCCACAUCUCCCUGUUCCCCAAACCUCUGCCCGAGGAUGCCGUGCAGCUGGGCGGCUCCAUGAGUCUCCACGGCAACCACAUGACCCUAGCCUGCUUCCACGGGCCGAACUUCCGCUCCAAGUCCUGGGCCAUGUUUCACCUGGAGGAACCCAACAUCACAUUCUUGACUGAGGCCCAGAAGAUCGCAGAGGAAGAUGGGUCUUUUGAUGACUCAACGUACGUCGUUCAAACACUGGAUUUUAAUCUGGGUCACAACACCAUCGUGACCAGGCCCUGUGGUGCACUGGAGAGCCCCAUGGCGACCAUCACCAAGAUAACUCGGCGACGGCACGAGAACCCCCCCCACGGACUCGCCUCCGUGAAAGAGUGGUUCAGCUAUGUGACUGCUAUGAGGAAUGAAGAGCUGAACAAACUCCGGGAAGUGGAAUCCGAUACCAGUGAUCCCGAAAGCGGAGUGGAGUCCAAGGUCUCCAGCGAGAGGAAUGCCUUCAAAGGGUCCUCCAGCUAUAACCAUGAGACAGAGACCAUCUUCGCUCUGCCAAGAAUGCAACUGAACUUCAAGUCCACCCAAGUGCAGGACCCCAAGGAGCCCUCUGUUACAGCCUCCAGCAGCAAGCCGAGAGUGGAGUGCAGUGUGGUGACAGAGUUCACCGACCACAUAUGCGUCACCAUGGAUGCUGAGCUUAUAAUGUUCCUGCAUGACCUGGUAUCUGCUUACCUGAAGGAGAAGGAGAAUGCUCUUCAUUGCCCCCGGUCCACUGCAGGGCGGGCAGGACAGAAGACUGCCAGUACCAUACCUGAGAACAUCUCCAGUGAAGAGGAGAAGCAGGAUGGAGUGAACUACACCGCUGUGGAUUGGAGGGAGUUUCUGUGCAACACCUGGCACCUGGAACCUACCGUAAGAUUAAUUGACUGGACGGGACGGAAAAUCGACCCAGUCUGUGUGGACUACAUUCUGCAGAAACUGGGAUUUCACCAUGCAAGGACUACUAUACCAAAGUGGCUUCAGAGAGGGGUGAUGGAUCCUCUUGACAAAGUCCUUUCUGUCCUGAUAAAGAAACUGGGUACUUCACUACAGGAUGGAAAGGAGAGGAAAGGAACAAGCAAAGAGGAACAUUAACUUUUUGGGUCUCUUCCCCAUCUGUCACUUUAUGAAAGCCUAACAAUGUGAAAAUCUUAUUGUAUAGAUUUUUUUUUUAAAACGUGUAAAGUGUAUUUUAUAAUAGGCCUGCACAAUGCUACUGCUGAGGUUCUGCAUUGAUGUUUACUACAGUGCAUGUUGCCACUAAACUUUUAGUCAGUGUAGCAAUCUGCUGCAUUCUGUAUAUUUUGAUCAAACUGGGAUAAAGCAUUUAAAUUUAUGCUUAAGCAUAAUUUUUUUAUAAUGUGCAAUAGACUAAUGUGUAUAAAUUGCUAUAUUCCAUCAAAUGUGAAUUUACUAAGUAUGUUGAUUUCUUAACGUAAUUAAAAUUGAAAUCAAUUA